UUUGCUUGUUAUAUGCUGUUCGAGUGAUGAUGCGCAGACAAAGCAGGACUUGACUUCUAUACAAUUGAUAGCUUCACUAUCUCCGAAAAGCUUGGGCCUUAUGAAUGAUUAGUUUUCUUCUCGUGCAGGUGGUUCCAGGAGACAAUACGGAUGCAUUUUUUGUUUAUAGCCCAAUCAUGUGAAGAUUCCCGUGGAGUUGCAUAAUCUUCCUUUGGAGCCUCUUUUAAGUAAUACUUCAGCUCACAAUGAAUCAGAUUUUGCUUGGACUUAUUUUGUUUUCGAUGUUCAACAAGGUAUUUCUGGACAAAACAUUGCAUCUUAAUAUCGGUGCCAAUACAAAUAUAAACUAUGAACUGUAUGUGCGAUUUGGUGGGCUACCCUACCAUCAAUGAGAGAUUGGGACUUCUUUUACAUAAACCAGACGAACAAUAGUGGUGUUGGCUCAUCCAUGUUCGAAUUGUACGGUGCAAGUGCAAGGACAGUAAACGCUUACCUACUAUACCCCAGAGAAGGAAUCUGGAGUUUUGGGCUGAGGCAUCCAAUGCUAAGUAAUCCUCUUUCCAGAACUGUAUUGUCUGUUUCAGUUGAAAGUUGCCCGAAUCAUUGCUCUGAUCAUGGGACAUGUAAAUCCAACAAGAAGACAGAGGGACCAAGCCCCUACGGAUACUUCUACUACUUUUGCAAGUGUAAUGGAAGAUACGGAGGAUUUGACUGCAGUACUGAACUCGUAUCACAGUCAGCACAAAGAUGGCAUGUAAUUUUUCUCGCGGCAUCCAACGCAGCAGCACUAUUCCCUGAAGUUUGGGCCCUCCGCCAGAAGGCACUUGCAGACUGGGCAGUCUUUACCUGCUGUGGGGUUGCUAGUGCUGUAUAUCAUGCCUGCGAUGUGGGUAGCUGGUGUGCUCUUCCAUUUCAGGUCCUACAGUUCAUGGACUCCUGGCUGUCUUUUAUGGCUGUGGUCAAGAAAUAUUCCUCUUGUACUGGCAAUUGGAGCUUUGGGUCUACUGUUUGCAUUAUAAUGAAACUUUUCAGUGCAUUCAAGUCUAAUUCACCGAGAUCCAAUUGGAAUUUUCAGCAUAGAUUGCUCAGGGUCAGGUCAUGGUUGCCUGAUCUUAAAAAGGCGCUCAAUAAGCGUUUCAAAUGGCGAUUUGUGUUGGCCGGCCUCAUUGCAAUGUCGAUAGCUGCAUUGAGCUGGGAUAUGGAAAGCCUCGAGACAUCCUGGAUUUGGCACAGUGCUUGGCAUGUGAGCAUAUAUACAUCUGCCUUCUUCUUCCUUUGCUCAAGAUCAACUGUUCUGGACGGUGGUGGCAGUGAAGCAGUGGAAGAUGAUGCAAGAUCUCUAACAGUUCAGUAGACUAGCCGUCGAAGAUCUUUUUGUGCACGCUACUAGUACUUGAGAAGGAAAAGUAAUGAAUCUAAAGUGUGACCGAAUUUUCACUUACUAGCUGGGUAGAGUGGAUAUAAAAUUAUACUACCACAAUUAUUAGUGCUCCAAAUUCUUGAAUUUGAUCAAUCUUUGUACUAUCUUGAAUGUUAAAAAAAAUGUAGGAAUGGAAGUAUUUUCUUCUUUUUUUCA